UUUUCGUACAGCCCCAAGAAAGGAAGCGGAAGACGGUUUUGGUUACGUGGUCGGUCAUACCUUAUUGCCACGAAACCACGCAAUCGACCACCAGCCACGCAACCACGAGUACUUGAGCUGAGGAAGAAGUUUGGGAAGCACAGCAACCAAUUGCACAGCUCUAUGCCACUGUUGAAAAAGAAGUUCAGGAAGCACGGCCUGUCAGGCCUCCACAAGAGACACAAUACAACCCAAGGUUGUUCUAUCAAAACACAAAACGAAGAGCACACACUACACAAGCAAUCCAUCAAGCCAAGCCAAGCCAAGUCAAGUCCAAGCGAUACAAUACAAUACAAUACAAUAGCAUACAGUACUAUAGACCAUGACAGGAAGAAGCAGCAGCAGUCGUCGCCUGAAGAGUACCGAUGAGACGCAGAGCUCGUCGUCGAAGCGCCAAGGCCGCAGCAGCAGCAAUCGUCGACUCGUACGUGCUAGUACAACAGAACCGACGACGAGACGCACUAGAGGAUCGUCCUCCACUCGGUUGCCCACCAAUAAGGACAGCAAUAAAGAAGAUGAACUGAGACAACUCCAGUUCCAGUCGUACGACUUUAUCCGCAAGAGCUCGCGUCCGUUCGAUCAAUACUACGACUUGGGCACCAUGCUGGGAGAGGGUGCCUUUGGUGCCGUUUAUGCCUGCGAGCACAAGGCUACCGGCAACACACGCGCCGUCAAGAUAUUACCCAAGUCGGCUGCAGACGAAGAAGCCAAUAAACUCGCCUACCAAGAAUUCAAAAUGAUGGCAAAACUGGAUCAUCCCAACAUUGCCAAGACGUACGAACUGUUCGAAGACAACAACUGCUUCUACAUUGUCACCGACUUGUACAAAGGAGGAGAUCUAUUUGAUGUAUUGGAGCAAAAGGGAACCCUUUCCGAAUACGAAACUGCAAUGGUGGCCAACAGCCUCAUUAUGAGUGUGGGUUAUUGUCACGAAAACAAACUCGUCCAUCGGGAUUUAAAACCCGAGAAUGUCUUGCUUGAAAUUGACGGAGAUUUUGACUAUGCCGGUGCCAAAGUGAUUGACUUUGGGCUGGCGUGUUUUGAAAAGAAACGAGGCGACAAGUUUACCGAAUCGCUCGGAUCACUCGAGUACGUGGCACCGCAAGUAUUGGCGUCGUGUUAUGGCCGCGGCGCCGAUGUCUGGAGUAUCGGUGUCAUAUUGUAUGUCUUGUUGGCCGGACAUCCACCGUUUAAUGGACAUACCGAUGCCGAAAUUAUUGCCGCCAUUCAAAAGGGUGAUUUCGUCUUUAGCAGUCCCAAAUGGAACAAUGUGUCCAAGGAUGCCAAAGAUUUUAUCGAGAAUUUGUUGACAUUUGACGAAGAGGCACGACCGUCGGCCGCCACCGCACUCACACACAAGUGGCUCGUCAAGAUGCGCAAACAGCAACGCAAAGAACACGAUGGAAAAAUGUGGCAGACGUUGACGGAAGCACUCAAUGCGCUCGAAGGAUUCCGCAGUCGACAUUCCAAAUUCAAGCAAGCCGUGGCUGUCUUGGUCGCAACGCAGUUCUUGACCAAGGAAGAUCGAGAAUUGAUUGAUCCCCUCUUUCGAGAACUCGAUGGUGGUUGUCGGGGCAGUAUCACCAAGGAAGAUCUGCUCAAUGCUUUCUGGUGUACCGACUUUUUAAAUGAUUCUCGAACCGAGGAGGAUAUGAAAAAAAUCAUGAAAGAAGUCAACUUUUCCAAAACGGGUUCGAUUACGUACGCCGAAUUCGCGGCCGUCGUCUUGCUCGAAACGGGACGCGUUGACAAGGACCGACUCAAAGUCGUCUUUGAUUACUUUGAUACGUCCAAUAAGGGCGACAUUGAUUGGAGGAGCCUCGCCAAGGUAUUGUUCCCCGAUCGUGGCAGUCGGUACGCCGAAACGGUGGGCAAAAAGAUGAUUGCCGAAGUUACGGAUCAACGGUACAUUUCCUUUUCGGCGUUCAAAAGGCUCAUGCUGCCGUCGUCGUCGUCGUCGCGGUCCAGCAGAGAGAGUGACAACCGACAAAGCAACAAGGACCCCAUAAAGGGAGAUUUCCGAGCUUCCUCUUCGGCUGCCGUUGUGGCGUAGAGGAUCGAUCGAUCGAGAC